GCUUUCAACUCCAGAUCUUUGACCCGCGUGGUGCUAGAACUAUAAAGGUCCUUGCGCAACACGCCUCCACUUUGACUAACCAUGCCCACCCAGGCGGUCGAUGUCCCUUUCACAAGCGAACUUUUCUACCAACUUUCAUCCAUCGAGAUGUACGGUCAGGAAAAGCCCGUCCUCGUGCUGAGCAUAGACGAAGCCUAUAUGAAAGACUUACGUGCCGACGAUCAUCCUAUCAAGGGCUCCACAGAUAACUGCACUAUUUACAAGGCCAAACUCCUCGAACGCGAUGCGAUAAUUAAUGGUACGGCAAAUCCACUAACAGUUGCCGUCAAAUGGGCUCGCGGAGACAGUGGUCUUGAACGCCUUAGGUGGGAACACCUCCUAUACAGCAACAACCUAUCCAACAUUCAAGGUUUAUUUGUCCCGAAGUGUUAUGGUCUCUUCGCAUCCCAAAGUGAAGGCGUUACGAUCUCAUGUCUUGUGCUUGACUGGUGUCAGAAAGCUCCAGGUGCCGAUUCUAUCAUGAUGGAUUUGACGGAGUACAAUGUCAAGGCUUUAGCUGCUGUUCGUUAUGUGCACAGCUGUGGUGUUCUUCUUGGCAACAUGAGACAAAGUAAUUUCAUGCUAAGUGCAAAUAGCGAGAUUCACAUAAUUAGUUUCUCGCGUGCUGAACACCACACUUGUCUGGGAGAGGGGCAUUGUGCACAGUUGCAGCAAGUGGACAGAAUAUUUCGUCCACGGCCAGGAAAGUGGCAGCCUGACUUUUCGGCUCCAUAUAGAUGACUCGAUAAACUGCACUUCUAUGUUCUGUAUCUAAAAUAGAAAUGUCUUUCACAUGUCUUGUUGUACAUUCUUUCGCGUAAUGAAUAUUGAUUCUCCAG